AUGGCGCAAACCGAGAAGAAGUUGUACCCAAACUGUGAUGCCAACGUGUGGCUGCGCUCCUGCGAGGAGGAGGUCACCGAGCCCUUGGAAGGCAAGAUUACAGGGGAAAUCCCCAGCUGGCUGCAAGGGACGCUGUUGCGGAAUGGUCCCGGCAGCCUCAAGGUUGGCUCCAUGAGAUUCCAGCAUCUGUUUGACAGCUCAGCUCUGCUCCACCGAUUCGCGAUCCACGAUGGCAGCGUGACAUACCAAUGCCGGUUUCUCCGCUCCAACACUUUCAAGAAGAACCGCGCUGCAGACCGCAUCGUGGUCACGGAGUUUGGAACCAAAGCAGUGCCUGAUCCUUGUCACACUAUCUUUGAUAGAGUUGCAGCGGUAUUCAAACCUGGGGAAUCAUUGUCAGACAACGCCAUGAUAUCCCUCUACCCCUUCGGAGACGAAAUGUAUGCAUUCACUGAAGGUCCGGUGAUUCACAGAGUGGACCCAGUAACCUUGGACACUUUGGAGAGGAAAAAUCUAAUGAACAGCGUGGCGCUGGUCAACCACACCUCCCACCCACACGUCAUGCCAAAUGGCGAUGUCUACAACUUGGGGAUGUCUAUCGUCAAAGGACGACUGAAGCAUGUGAUUGUUAAAUUUCCCUUUAUAGAAAAAGGAGACAUGUUCGCAAACGCUCAAAUAGUGGCAAGCGUGAAACCGAAAUGGCCUCUACACCCGUCAUACAUGCACACAUUCGGCAUCACUGACAACUUCUUCGUGAUGGUAGAGCAGCCGCUGUCGGUAGCCCUGGUCAGCAUGGUCAAGAACCAGCUCGCGAAUGAACCACUCGCCUCCAGUCUUCAUUGGUACCCUGACCAUGAGACCCACAUAAUUCUCCUGAGUAGAAAAGAUGGCAAUGAGUGGAAGCGGUUCCGCACGGUCCCCCUGUUCUUCCUUCACAUCAUCAAUUGCUACGAGAAGGACGGCGAGCUGGUGGUAGACCUCUGUGCCUACAAGGAUGCUAAGGCUUUGGACGCGAUGUAUAUACAAGCCAUCGAGACAAUGCAAAGUAACGCCGACUACGCAGAAUGGUUCCGAGGUCGCCCCAAACGAAUUGUGGUCCCGUUAGAUGCUCCCAGCCGGAGCCGAGUGGAGCCCAAGUUACUGGCUGACCUUGGCUGCGAAACCCCGAGGAUUCACUAUGAUCUUUACAACGGUCGUCCUUAUCGAUACUUUUAUGCAAUCAGCUCAGAUGUCGACGCUGCGAACCCUGGCUUAGUAAUAAAGGUGGAUACAUUGACGGGCAUUACUAAAACGUGGUGUGAACCCGACAGCUACCCCAGUGAACCAAUCUUCGUGCCCUCACCAAAUGCUAAGGAUGAAGACGAGGGGGUGUUAAUCAGCGCCGUAGUUUCCUCACGGGAGGUUCGCUCCGUGGAUCUCAUCGUGCUGGACGCGCGCACUAUGUUGGAGAUCGCACGCGCACAAUUCAUCACACCGUCGGAAGUUCCCAAGUGUCUUCAUGGCUGGUUUUUGCCGGAAAGACAGAGUGCCGCCACGAUAAAAUAG